AUGUAUCGAGAAUCAGAUGUAUUUGUUUCGCAGGAGUCAUUAGAAGCACAACGGAGGAUAGCCCAGCGUCGUGUGUUUAUCAUAACUCUAGUUGUUUUUAGUGUCGUUGCAGGAGGAUCAUUUGCAUGUGUCUUUUUUGGCAUUUCUGAGAUUGUAAAUAAAGACAGAACACUUAUGAAUGAUGGUCUUGGUGAAGUGAUGACAGUUCUCGGUAUUUUCUUUACUAUACCAUGUAUUUUCUGUAUUGUAGCUCUUGCAAUGUUAGCGUUAAAUUUUUCAUGUUGUCGUACCAUUCCCUCUUUUAGUAAAUUUAUUGUUCUUGCUCUUAUUAUUAUUUCCUUCGUUGCGCAACAGGUAUUAACGGACGUAUAUAUUUUUUCCAUUAUUGGCCUUUACGCUUUGUCAGUUGUUGUUCUUGAUGUAUGUGUGCUUCUAUGUCAUGCAUAUUACCGAUUUCAUCGUUUUUAUCUUCCAACUAUCUUAACAAUAUUGCUUGUUGCUGGAAAGAUCUCUGUCAUUUGUUUUUACGCGAACCUGAUACGUUUGGAUAGUCAUCUAGGUCCUAUUGGUAUUCGUGCAGUGCUAUUCUUAACAAUACCUAUUGUUCAACUUCCUCUUUACAUUACUAUACCACGGGAUGUAAACAUGAUGGAAAAUCCUUCUUCAUAUCAAGAGACUAUCGUGGAGAAUUUCAACAAUAAUUUUAACCUAUUUCUUCUUCAUUUGUUAAACUCUCUGGAUGUUAUUUCAAUGUAUGGUUCUUUUGUAGUUCAAGAACCGGAAGGGAAAAAAUUCAUACCAACGCCAGAACCUUUCCGUAUUCUUAUUAUUAUUAUCGUCUGUAUCGCAUAUGUUGGAAACAACGUUGCUGUAAUACAUCUCUUCUUUAAACGUGAUGGAGUUGAACAUGCUGAAUUGAGAUGCUUACCUAGAAAUUUACGUGACGCGACUAAUCAGUGGAGUAGCACUGAUAUUAGUGGAAGCCAUAAACGUCGAAUUCUUCAGUAUAUACUAUUUCUUCUUGUUGUAUGCGAUAUUCCUCUUUUGGCUGUACGCAUACAGCUUUGGUGGAAGGGAUAUCAAAUGUUAAGCGUCUUUGUGACAAAGAAUAUCAAGUCUAUUCUUGAUGUUAUUAUGGUUCUACUACGAGUGGGACACUCUGGUGGAUACGACGAGCGUAGUAGGUACUUGCUUCCCGAAAAUAGUUAA